AAAUUACUGCAGUGCUGUAAGUCAGAGCAGACAGCUGCAGACUGACGCUGUGGACUACACCCGAGAGCCGGAGGCAACUGGCUGAGGACCUACAUCUAUACUGAGCGUCGUUUUGCGGCGUUUUUCGCUUGGCUGUGGUUAAUAAUCUCCAUAUUCGCCAUGAAAGAGAGGAGAAUUACACAGCCGCUUGUGGUUAGAUGUAAACUGGUGCUCGUUGGGGAUGUUCAAUGCGGAAAAACGGCAAUGUUGCAAGUGUUGGCCAAGGACUGUUAUCCAGAGACGUACGUGCCGACAGUGUUUGAAAACUACACAGCCUGCCUGGAACUAGAAGAGCAACGAGUGGAGUUAAGUCUCUGGGAUACAUCAGGGUCCCCGUAUUAUGACAACGUGAGGCCCCUGUGCUACAGCGACUCGGACGCUGUGCUCCUGUGCUUCGACGUCAGCCGGCCCGACACCGUGGACAGUGCGCUGAAGAAGUGGAAGACGGAAAUCCUGGACUUCUGUCCCAGCACUCGCAUCCUCCUCAUCGGCUGCAAGACAGAUCUGCGCACCGAUGUGUGCACGCUGAUGGAGCUGUCCAAUCAGAAGCAGACGCCCAUCUCCCACGAGCAGGGCUCAGCCUUGGCUAAGCAGCUGGGCGCCGAGGCCUACCUCGAGUGCUCGGCCUUUACUUCAGAGAAGAGCAUCCACAGCGUCUUCCGCACGGCCGCCCUGGCCUGCAUCAACAAGCUGCAGCCGGCGGCCAAAGCCAGCCCGUCCCGCCGCCUCUCCAAAAGACUGCUCCACCUCCCCAGCAGAUCCGAGCUACUCACCUCCACCUUCAAGAAGGAGAAGGCCAAGAGCUGCUCGGUGAUGUGAGCGGGGACCCUGGCCAUCUUCCCUGCUCCCUGUGACCGCCGCCG